CAGCUAGUCAGAGAGCAACAACUACCUUUGCCAGCCUUCUUACCUGUUUUGUUUGGGCUUCUUCAGAUACUCUCUUUUGUAUAUACAGGGUAUUGGGCACGGGUGUAUGCAACUAAAUCAUUUGAGGUAGGGGGGUAAUACUAUCUCCUACCUUUAGCAAACCUCUUCAAAAGAUCCCUAUCACAAAAAGUAACUUUCUUGGUUUAGCUUCUAUGUCCUUGGAAUAGGACAAAAAAAUUUGGAUCCAACACCAAGUGCUUACUUACUGUGUUUUUUCCAUCUACUUUCUUCUUGCUUUUAUGAAUUCCUUCUAGGAUAAGGUUAAUAUUGUGAAGGGAGUCUGCAGCUGUUAUUUCCUUGCAGUUGGGCACCUGAAGAUUGAGACAAGUUUUAAGAUUUGCUGGAUGCAGCUGUUCCUUAAAAAAGGAGGGGGGGGAUUAUGCUUGAUACACUACAAGGGUGUGUGUGGUUCCUGCUGACUCCUUAAAGAGUUGAAAUAGGACAAAUCACUGUGUUUUCCUAAUAAGCAAGCCUGAUCUGAGUGUGUUUCUGAAUUUCUCUGGAGAGUGUCUACAUACAUACAUACCUCUUCCCACCUUCAUGCCUGGUACUUUGUGUAGUCUCUCUCAUUGGGACAUGCUUAACACCUAGGGGCUGUGAUCUCGUGUAUCUGCUUUCUGAGUUAUCUGAUCUAUCUUCUGAUGGGAUAAAUAGUUCACAUUCUUUUGUAGCUGAUUGCUACAUUGUUAAUGGAAUUAUCAUAAUUCAUUUUCUUGGGGUCAUGAUUUUACUAUGCUGUAUGCAGCGGUUGCCUGCAGUAGAAUCUUAAGUUUGUGCUCUAAGGAAUUGUCAGGUUCUGAUCUUUCCAGUUUUUAAAAAUUCAGGCUGUUUUUUUUUAUAUGAUACUUCUUUAAAGUGACACCUUGAGUUUAUGCAAGGUCUUUCUGAAACACUAAAAUCUUUAACAAAAUUUUACUGCUUUGUUUUAGUAGGAGAUAGCCUUUUUGUCUCCAAAGGAAGAUGCUCUCUGGAUAUCAUGUAUCCAGGCUAGUCUUAAAGUAUUUCCUCAGAUUUUUUAGAACAAUGUCAUAUGCAGCUUCAGUAUGAACAAUGUUUUUGAAUUGAUAGUUUUUCCCCUGUAUAUGAUGUACUUUCUGUGCAGCUCCCCAUUGGUAUGUUGUAAUCUAAAAGCAAGUGAGGCAUUGUAUUGAAGGUAGAUAUCCUGAUUAAAUCAUUUGGUUCUAGGCCUUCAGCUACACAAAUCGGGUCAAAUUUUAUCUAAGAUACCAAGGAAAUCUUGUCUUUAGGUGAAAGAGAUGAACUUCUCUAGUGGAAAUUUAAGUUUUCUGUCUUCUCAAGGUAAUAUGAUAUCCCUUUUAGUUAGUUCAGGACUAAGCCUCGAGCCUGUCGUUAUCUCUAGCAGACAUUAGUUCAGGGAGCAUCUGAAGUUUAUAAAACCUACAAGAGAACCGCACCAUUUUGAUGAGGUACGUGAAUGAGGUGUGUACCAUUAUUUAUGUAUUGUGUGGAAUUUAUCGUGGAUUAACACAGGAAAGUUCAGGGAAACGAGCACAGUUCUAAGGGGCGCUUUUGAAAACCCAUUUAAAAAGAACCGUUUGUAAAAGUGAAUUUUUUAUGUGGAGGAAUGUGAAAGGGUAUUAGAGCUGUUUGGUGAAACAUGUUAGUGACACUGUCAUAUAUUAACAGCUCAGAGAUUAAAAGGGCUGCUAGCAUGUUUGGCACUUUUGAUAUUAAAUCUCUUGUACAUAUACAAUAUACUGGAGUGCUUUGAAGAGGCGAGCAGUUUUCUGGAAAGGUCAGAAGAUACGAACUGGCUUUAAUGAUGAAAUGAACAGCAUUAUAGUUACCUGGGAAAUAAUAUCUGUAUGUUGUGAGUAACGUUUUUCCUAGCUUGUUGUAGGAAAAAGGCUACCUGUAUUAACGGCUGAAUUUUCUGCGGUGCUCAACAGUAUAAGCCCUGUGCGGCAGAGAUGGGGGAAUGGCACCUCCCUGAAGGAGGCAGCAGAAGGCUGGCUGCUCUGCCGCUGCCUGGGCUGCAGUGUUGGCACACAACCAGUUACAGAGCUGGGGAAUAGGUGGGGGAGGCUGCCCCAUUACACCCAGUCUCAUCCAGUUUUGUAUAAUCAGGCAGUCGUCUCAGAAAUUGGGACUGGGGAGGUGGACUUGCUUUGGGAUUUUCAACCUCUUCCAUUUUUUGAGGAGUAUGGCAGAUUCUACAGCUGAGUGCUUGCAGCCGUCUGGCCCUCCGAGCCGCUUAGGGCUAGCUUUUCUUGUGUGACCUGUCAACGCUUUGCUAUCUGCAGAAAUGUCUAGCGACACUGAACAGCGCUUACGAAUGUUCGUGCAAACAUUUUUGGCAAUGUCUGUGUGGAAGAUGAUUCCGCUCCCUUAUGGAAGGGGAUGGAAAAAGGAUUGUUUCUUUCUUAAAGAAAUAAGAAGUGGGGAAGGAAAGCCAUAACUACCAGUAGCGCAGGUAUGCCCAGUGCAGUAGGGUGUGGGUGUGGCCUGGAAUGCAGCUGGGCAGUGAGGGCUGCAAUCAGCCACUGUGAGUUUUCCUCGGCUCAGAAACAGCCUCUGGAAGGGGAGGUAUCAGGAAAUUCCUUGAGGGUUAAUUUAGUUUUGGUUUGUUUGUCGUGUCUGCGUGCGUGUGUGUCUGCGUGCGUGUGUGCGUGUGCACGUCCGUCCGUCCUGAUUAGACACCAGCAGGCAGCAUGUGGUACUCAGCAUGUGGUACCAGUGUAGUUGUCCCAUUCUGUAAAGGAGUGUAUGUUGCAGUGUGUUAGAGCAGGAGACAGAUGUGGUAAGGCAAGUUCUGCCUUUUUUAAUGAACGCUGGUUGCUAGUCCCAGCCAGCAUGGUAUUGCUUGGAUUCUCAGGAGAGAGGCAGGAGAUGCUGUAAGCACUGGAGGAAGAUGGUAGCAGAAGUAUGUUGCUGCUGGCAUUGAGUACAAGCAGGGAGAGGCAAGUGUCUUUUGCUUCAGAACGAGCUAACUCACAUGAGGUGCUCGCAAUAGACUGGUCAUAUGCAGAGAUGUCCCAAGACUAUUCUCUGUGUCACCAGUUAAAAUAAAGCCAUGCUCUUUAUUUGUUUCUCAUAGAUUUUUGCACCAAGUAAAAGGUGCUUGUGUUUCUCUGGUUACUCUGUUGGAUUAAUAACAAAUCUGGACCACAGGGAUGGAUGUCAGCUCUGUGAUAAACGAAUAGGGCUCUGUUAGAUCAUGUCUGAACCGAGCUUCCAGUUCUUUUAGAGUUUGGAGGCAAUGUAGAAGGGAGGAAGCCAAAGUUGUCUAACAGGUUGUAAAAUCCCUUUUUUGCCCUCCCUCCUCUGCUUGUCUUUCUGCCCCUAGCCCCCUUGUGUACACACACUCUCUCUUAUUGCUGCAUUUAAAACUGUUGGUAUAGCUUGUUUUCUGUAAAAGACAAGUGUAGAAAAGCUCUAUAGGGAUCUUGAGCAUCCCAUUCCUUACUAGCCUCUGGGCAUCUCUUACUGUGUUUGCAAUAGCAAUUUCUUUUCUCCCUUACCUGUUUUAUUUGCACUGAGCUAAAGGUAUGCUUGGCGCCUCACAGAACAAAUAGUUAGAAAGCUCUCUUCUGUGUUCAGGGAGGCUGAGCUGACGGAAGAGAAGACGAAUCUGGGUGUAUAGAGAAUUUCAUGCAGGAAUUCAGCUCAUAGCCAGUGCUUAUCAUACAGGGGUUUUUGUGCAUCAUUUAAUUGGUUUGUUUCAGGACAGAAAUCUGAGUUUGAUUUGAAUGAAGUCAGGCUGAAUAAUAAUGAUGAAUUAUUAUUUUUAGGAAUGUGAAUUAUGUUUUUAGGAACAGCGCUCCAAGCUUGAAGAGGGGAGUGGAGAAUAACAGAGAUGAUAGAGAGAUGAAUUUACCAAAAUAUUUAAACAAUUUGUUGAACUCUUAUGCUACUGUAAAUAUGUAUUAGUAAAUACGGUCUGACAAACAGUUUUACUUUAGAUAGAAACAUAAAUGCUUUGAGCUAUAUUUUUUAAUUUAUUUGAAUAUAACAUUAAAAAUAUCCUUUCAUGUGGGAAGACUGGCAUUUUAAGAAUAUUUAAAGCUGUUAAUGGACUGGGUUCCAGCCGCCUGGCUGAACUGCUGACUUCACACAUACCAUUUCCUUUUUCAGGUUUUUACAACCCCACAUCUUCAAACUUUUCAAGCAGGAUGAGGGGGGUGAGGAGCUGUUUUUAUUUUCCACUCAUAGCCUUACAGCAGCUCUAAACUUUCUUUUUUGAAAUUACUGUCAAGUUAGUAAACUAUGAAUCUACUUAAGAUAUUUCUAUUAUUAGUUGAUACUGCCUAUGUUAUUUUACUGAGGCAUUUGUUUUCUGCCAUUCCCAUAAAAGUAUUCAUUUCUUGUUUCAGGAAGUCUUGGGACAAAUCCUUGGUCUAAAUUCAAUUAGUGUUGCUUUUUUAAAUACAUAAUGCCUCACUCUGUACUGAAUAAUGCAGUCAGUAUGGGUUGUAAAGUUAUGAUUUUGAGGUUUUGAAGUGUAUGACUUACUGUAAUUACAGUUGCUCAUAUUCUAAAGCAGGUUGUAAAAUUACCUGCGUAAAGGACACAGUGUUUACAGAUGGUAUUUUACUGGUGACAGCUUAGAAGUUUGUUUAUGUUAAUUAUAUGAUAAAUAGUGAGUUGUGCACUGUCAAUGUGUUUCUAAGAAACUUUGCAAGUACAGAAAAUCGCGUCUUGAUGUUAGGGCAAAUGACAUUACAAAAUGCUCUUUUUUUUUUUUUUUAAGCAGUAAUUACCUACUCACUUUCCUUAAUACCACUUAAGAAAUAUUUGAACUUUGUUGUUAUAAUAAUACAUAUAGCUACCUAAUAUUUGCUCCUAUUGAAAGCUAGUAAAUUUGACAAACGCCUAGCUCUGCUAGCUCUGUUUUUAUCAACUAGAGAAGGUGUUCUCAUCUAUCAGUUCUUUAGAAGGUCUGCCAUGUGAAAUACAGAAGUUAAAUUUACUUUCCUUGAAAGAUUCUCACUCUUUUUACAAAAAAGGUGGACUAAAAGGGAUUCUAAUUUAGACUAAGUUUGUCAGAACACCUACUGAUUAUAUACUUGUGUGUAUAAAUGAAAGAAAACCUAAUCUUUACUAUUGUUUUGGAAUGGUAAGUGUGUAAUGAUAAAUAAUGCUGAUUUUUACAACUGCAAAGCUUGUGUUACAUUUUAUAAUCUUAUGAUAUAUUUGUGCAAGUAUAAUUCUUUUUUAAUACUCAAAAUCUUAGUUUUCUCUAAUGAUGGAGCAGUAUGUUCUGAAAGGUGCUUACUGAUUACCUCUAUAACAGAAAUUAAGGACACGCGCUGUUGUGUCUUAAAUUAUGCUCAAUGAGUCUGCAUGCUAAAAUAUGCAUUAGGUAACUAGCCUGGAAGUAGUUUAAAGUUAUACUUAAAGUUUAUAGAAAUUUAUUUAAAGUUAUAGAAAUAUUAUUUUAAGUCUCCUUCUGUUUUUUCAUCUUUUCAGCCUCUUAAGGACUUGUGAAAAUGAUAUGAAACAGUGUUUUUAUUUAAAAGAUAGACGAUAGGUAAUUAGGUUUAAAAAUCUAUUCUAAAUUUGUGAAGAAUAACUUUGAAGGAGUGCAACACUAAAAAAAAAAAAGAAAUUCACACUUGUUUUGGAAACUACUCUCCUCGCAUAUUGGGCUGUGUUUAUGUACGUCUUACCCCUACAUAGAAAUUGCAGUCAGAAUCAUGACUGUUGCACUGUAUGUUAGUGCACAGAGGAGACCGUGAAGGUGCCUUCCACGGAGGGCUCUCUGCAGUGUUGUCUCUAACAAAUGGGCAGAAGGAGGGGAGGAAUGGUAACAGCAAUAAGAGCAUGGCGAUACUGGCCAGCAGUUAUAACCGGUAACUCUUAUGUUUCUAAAGCUAAUAGCAUUUCAAUGGUGGAUGUAAAAGCAAAGUGUAGGUCUGGCCUAAGUGAAAGAUCAGGAGAGAAUAUUGGCUUGUUUGUAUUGUGCCUUUUCUUUGCUCUUAACUGGUUUUGCUGUUUAAACUAUAUAUAAUUCUUUUCCCCCUUGCAUAUGGGGGUUUGAUCUAGAGUCAUCCGUGGAAGAAAACGAAUUAAGAAAGAGAGGGGAAAGUAUAACUCCCUGUUUGGAUAUAGUCUCAAACAUGACUAUUUCAACCUAGAAUUAAGAAGAUCGAUAUUUCAGAACAGAUUUCUUACUGGUUUCCUCCUCUGAGUUCUGGAUGUCUCACAGCUUUGUAUCUGUGUAGACAAAUAGCCUCAGCCCUUGCCCAGCUGCGCCUGCCCACUGAUGUCUGUGCCUUCCUCCUCCAAGGAACGUGGAGCUGAGCUCUGAGUUACUCCGUUCAUACCAGUGACAGGGUCAGAAAGAAAGCUGCCCCUAACAUUGGCUUCCCCGUCUUAGCUCUGAGUCUGAAACGCUGAGCCAUUAACAUAAAACCCAAUCAUUUUGCCGGGUACUAAGCCCACAACGUCCUUGGUGCUUAGGCUUCUUUUAAAUAUUACGUUUAUCUCCAUAAUUCUGUGCUGUACGUUUUUAUGAGCAGGUAUGCUGUCAAGAUAAACUUGCUCUGCAAGGCUCUAAAUAUGCAUGAUUUUUUCAGAACAUUUACCUGGUUAGUUUGGUUGAAUGACUGGCUUAGAGCAAGAAGUAUAAUGGAGAUGUGUAUUAGACAAAAUACAGAAUGAUUUUGACAUUUUUCUGUAAAAUAAUAGCUUCUUUGAAAUGUAGCAGUACAUGCCCUUUGAAUAUUUGUUCCAAAAUUAGAAGAGCAGUGUCAGACAGGAAACAUGUUUUCCAUCCUCAUUUCUGAUAUCUAGUACUACGUAGUAGCAGCUCAGAGAGGAUGGUUUAGGCUUGUGUACUAAUAUAUUUCUUUUUUGUUAAGGACUCGCACAGUGGGAGGUGGCUAGUAGAAAUGAUUUGGGACUUGACAAUAAAAACCUUAAUGAAGAAAUAAAGGCAGAUAAAUGCUUUCCAUCUGAUCUUAAAACAAGUAACUGAUGUAGGAUAAGCGAAGUAAAGAAGGAAUAAAAAUGAAUUUCAGGAUAAUUUGAAACCUAGAUAUAAAUAUCCUGUUCCUGAGAGUGGGGAUCCUGCACAGCUCUUUUAAUUAGAAAUAUUCUAAUGGUAAAUCUAAUGUGAUACUUCUGUUCGUGAUUUUUUUUCCUAGCUUUUCAGUUCCUGAAGUUUUCAGCAAACAGUUUCUCACUGGUGUCCCCACACAGGUUCUGUACUUCCACUCCCUGAAUGGUUGCUUUUUGCCUGUUUUCUGUAUGUGACUGACAAAUGUUGCUCUCAGCUUGGGUUUUGUACCUUUGCUUUUCAUUCUAUUCCUUUGUGCCUCCUAACUCAACUACCCUUCAGCCUGGCCAUUGCAUUUCUAUCUUUGUUUGUUCAGAGGUUCCUGGCCUUGUUUUGUUGCAUUUUUUGCAGCUUUUAGAAAUGAAGAGAUUAGAUUACUUUCUUAACCGAAACUUUCUGUUCACUCGCUCUAUUUUCUUGCUGAGUUCCAUGUACAAGAAUGCCUUGAGCUCCAUGCUUUCUCUAUAAGUUUUGCAAAAAGUCCCUGGAGGCUUCGCCCCCAUAUUUGCUGGUUGUUCUCUUCUGUCCAGGGCAGGGUGGGCUCAAGUGGCUCGAGUCAGGCUGAUGAUACUGAGAGCAACAUGAAAGGACUUGUGUUGGUUAGCAAAGGACAUAACUGCCUUGCUCACAGUUUGCUACUUAAUUAUGUGAGGUGAUCAAGAGCUGUUUCUAGGUCUGCCCCUGCAAAAGAAGUUCACUUUGUUUCAGACUGGCGCAGCUGUGUUUUGGAAGAAACUGGCUUUCAUUGUGUUGUUUUUCAGCAACAUGCAGUGGUUGCUAGAUAAGAGGCUCAGAAAUACCUUUCUUGAGUAUGUCUUCUGUGGCAGAUAGCACUAUCUACAAGCUAGCUUAAUAGUGGCUCUGAAUUGACUACAGAAGGUGAAAGUAGGUUUUCGGUAGCGCCUCUUCCAAAUAGAAAUAUAUUGUAUUCCUGCUGUUGGAUUUGCCCUAUUUUGAACAGCACUUUCAGAACUUUCAAUUGUCUUAUAUUUUUAACAGGCUCAUGGGCAUGCUGUAAAACAGCCUAUCUGGUACAGCACAAGCUAAUGAAAUGCUGGAAUCCUUUUUAUGUUCUGACAGACGUUCCAGUUGUGCUAAACUUGAUGACUAUCACUGCAGGGUUGGAAUCUUUAUUACUGCACCAAGUGCAAUCUGGUACUUGGAACAAAAAGAUAAAAACCAUGCACUGUUUUAAAGUAAUCUCUAAAAACAGCUACUUUGACUCUGCAUCACCUUUCACAAUUUAUUAUUUAGAGAGUAAAAGCUUUGAAUUUUUGGGGGAGUCUACAAAAGUAUCAAGUAUUUCAAAUUUAUUUGAUGGCUUAAAAGGAUUUCUGUUCUUAAUCCUGCCGAUCACUUAUGUGAGUGCUAUUGUGUAGUGAAAACUGCUUCCUUUAUACUAGUAUUCAGUUUUAUUUAUAACCGCUUUCAAGUCUCUAUCUUUUGAGUUUUUGUAAUAACUGUGCAGCAUGUUCACACACAGUACUCGCACUAAAAGAGUUUUUCAUUUAUUGGUAUUUUCAAAACCAUAUUUAACUUUAGCCAUGGGACUUGCAAUGUAUAAGUAUUUUCAUCAUGCAGUCCAUCAUCAUAGUGUACAAGUUGAUCUAAAUUUUGCAGAAAUGUCCCAGUUUAAGGAAAAAUACUCAUCUGUAUGACACCUCUUUUGUUAUAUGCAGUAUGUGUGCGUAAAUUAUUAUGGCAUGUGUUUAUAAGAUUCAAGAAAUUCCAAGCAGAUACCUUGCUUUUCAACUACUGUGCCUUUUAUGUAACAUUGAAAAGUGUGGCUUCUAAAAAUGUUGCCUGUAGCCAAACUUAAUUUCGGAAAAAGUGUGCACAUAUUUAAGUUUAAAAAAUCUUGAACUUUUGAUGAUGUUAACUUUAACCUCAUAGGAAUUCCUUGAAAGGAAUUGGUCACAAAUGAUAGUUCAGAACUUUUAGUAUCUUUUUACCCAUUAUUACUUGAGUAGUGGACGGAAAAGGAUAAUAAACUUGAUGAUUUUGUUGCUUCCAUGCUGAAAAGUUUCAAGUGAGUUUGAUUUCAACUGAACACAAUCAAAAUUUGAAAAAUUGGAUGGUGCAGUAGAAAAUCACAGUAGCAAAAGAAAAGACAAGGAGAAACUUGCUUUUGGUGUUUUACAGUGGUUUAACUAAGUUGGCACUUCUGGUUUCUAAAGCCUACGAGGAUGUGGAUCACUGCUUCUAUCUGAAGUCAGUAUGCCCCUGACAGGUUUUCUCCACUGUGGUACGAGUUGUGAUGGCAAGUGGUAUCAGUGAACAAUUAUGCCUUUGUGUAGAUUUCUUACAUCAGUACUUUUUUUCCCCCUUCUGCUGUAGUUCUGAAGUACAGUGCGCUUUAGCCAAAGGUGUUUGCGGUGAUGAUUGUUAAACUAUGCAUGUGUGAGACGGGAGGGUCUGUCUUCCAUUUUUCAGUAAUGUGUUUUUUUUUGGGGGGGGGAUAAAGUAUGUUUUGUACCUUUCUUUGCAUUAGCAACCCACUGAAAAUACAAACCAUUAAACAAUGAACGGUCUAAAACAGUGAAAUAAGUUCGGUUUCUUCUGUACCCUUGCCACUUGGAUAUUUCCAUUGCUUACACAGUGUUCCUCUACAAAUAGCUUGUUAAACCUGUCCUGCUUUAAACCUGCAAGAUAAUUAUAGACCAAUACAAAAAAAUCUUCCUUUCCAAAAGAAAUCCCAAACCCCAAAUCCCAACAACCCCCUCCCCUAACAUGUUGUAUUACUACUCCACAGGAAACUGUUGUGCUGAAAGGAAGAAUUAACUGGUCUUUCAACUUCAGCCUUUUUAUUGUGAGAGGAAAGAUCACAGAAGUGUUACCAUGGGGAGAACAGCAGUUAAAGAUAAAAUACUCAGCUUUGUAACAGCCUUCCAACAUUGAGGAUUGGAAUGCAUAAAGGCAAGGGGAGUCUUUGGAAAAAAAAAAAAAGUCUGGCUUUUAUUCGGAUGCAUUUUUGGACACUUCAGCAUGUGCUCGAUUCAAAGAAUAUUAAAAAAGAGAAACAUGGAAAGAAUCAGCAGGCAAACAACCCGUCUUUAAAAAGUGAACAGUUUAAUUGGGAUGAUUAUCUGAAAGAGACUGAAUCAGUAGCUGCACCUGUGCAUUGUUUCAGACAGUCUAGAAUUCCACCUACAAAUGAUUUCAAAGUUGGUAUGAAAUUGGAAGCCCAUGAUCCUCGCAAUGUUACCUCCAUUUGUAUAGCUACGGUAAUUGGAAUCACUGGUGCUAGAUUAAGAUUGCGGCUUGAUGGAAGUGACAACAAAAAUGAUUUUUGGAGGCUUGUGGAUUCCUCGGACAUACAGCCAGUUGGGACCUGUGAAAAGAAAGGGGGCAUGCUCCAGCCUCCUCUUGGAUUCCAGAUGAAUGCAUCUUCUUGGCCAAUGUUUCUCUUAAGAACUCUGAAUGGAGCUGAAAUGGCACCUGCAGCGUUCUUUAAGAAGGAACCACCAAAGCCUGCACCAAACUGUUUUAAAGUUGGAAUGAAACUUGAAGCUAUAGAUAGGAAGAACCCAUACUUAAUUUGCCCAGCAACCAUUGGAGAUGUUAAAGGAGAUGAAGUUUUUGUUACAUUUGAUGGCUGGAGAGGAGCAUUUGACUAUUGGUGCAGAUGUGAUUCUCGAGAUAUUUUCCCAGUCGGAUGGUGUAGCUUGACAGGAGAUGCAUUACAGCCACCAGGGAACAAUGUUUCCAUUACAAAGAGCAGUGCAAAAAUCCAAUCUUCCCCUUCCAAAGUGACCCGGCGUUCAAUGCAGUCUCCACAGAAAUCUGCUCCAGUACCGACGCAACGGGGCAGGAAACCAGGUCGGGGCAAACCCCCUGGACAGUCUGCAGUUCCCAAGAAGGGCAGGUCUCCUAAAAAUAUUCCCCUGACAAAAAGCACCUCUCAUACUGAAAAUCUUAAAACAAGGAAAAAAAGUUUAAAACCUGGAAAAAAGAAAAAAAUUUUGCCAGAACAACCGACUCCAGCACCACCACCACCUCUUUCUUCUCCUGAUGGGGACAGUGGUGCAAAGCAGAUACUUAAAGAUGGAAUUGGUUUGUCUGGGGCAACUGCAGCAGUUAUAUCCACAGUGUGUGUGUAUGUCAACAAGCAUGGAAAUUCUGGGCCUCAUCUGGAUAAGAAGAAGGUUCAGCAGCUUCCAGAUCAUUUUGGACCAGGUCCUGUCAAUGUGGUACUUCAGAAGGCCGUACAGGCUUGUGUGGAUUGUGCCUAUCAAUCUAAAACAGUCUUUGGAUUUCUGAAAUCUGGCCAUCACGGAGGGGAAAUGAUAACUGCUUCCUUUGAUGGAGAGAAACACGCCAUCAAUCUUCCUUCUGUAAACAGCGCAUCAUUUGUCCUUCGUUUCUUGGAGAAACUCUGCCACAGCCUGCAAUGUGAUAAUCUUUUUAGUAGCCAACCUUUCAGCCCUUACAUGGGAUGUGCACACAGUCCUACGGAAUAUGAUAGGAACAAACCAGCAAAAGAAGAAAUAUCUGAAAAUAGAAGUGCUAAACGAUACUCUCAGGACUCUCCACCAUAUACUGCCUCUCUUUCCCCUAAGCUUCCCAGAAAUGAUGCUCAUCCAUCUGAAGCAGAAACAUUACCUAUAGAAGAAAACAGCACUUCCAGAGAACACCGAUUUUCCGAGGACUCUAUGGAUUCUGCACUUAUUUCAGUAAAUCCUUCAAGCCCCACCUGUCGAAAUUCCACUGAAUACCGUACUUUGGGGAGUGCAAUGUAUUAUAGAAAUUCUCUUCAACCAGUGACCGCUACCUCAAACUCAGCCUCAAUCCUUCACAGGCUGUCAUUGAGCUCUGCUGGGAACAGCAAUUACUAUGAAGUUAGUAGGAAUCGAAUACAGAGGAGGAUUGAAGCUGCAAGUUCCACAACUGGACCAGAUCUGAGUGCACUAAAAAGGGAACCUUCAAGAAUAUUGAAUAAGGAUCCUUCCACCUGGUCAAUAGAGGAAGUAAUGCGUUUUGUGAAAGAAGCUGAUCCACAGGCACUAGCUCCACAUGCAGAACUCUUUAGGAGACAUGAAAUUGAUGGGAAGGCACUACUGUUACUGAGGAGUGAUAUGAUAAUGAAAUAUAUGGGACUGAAGCUGGGGCCUGCGCUAAAAUUGUGCUACCACAUUGAAAGACUUAAACAAGGAAAGUACUAGUCAAUGGGGAUACCGCAGUGUGUGUGUUUGUACCACACUAAUCUCUCAGGUUCACAGCCAUUGUCUUUAUUUGAAAAUAUUUUGCUGCCAUAAACCAUCUUUAGUUUUUGGAAGUUAUCUCAAAAUGCAAUAAGACGUUUAGCAUAAAGAGUUGAAAAAAGAAAAAUCUGUAUUACAUUAUAUUUUGAGAACUGUUUCAUUCCUUUGCAAGGAGGGAUAGUUGGUUAUACUGUGUUGGGGGACGGUCUUUUGCUGAAAGCAGCGCUCUUAGUGCUACUCUUGACACGAAAUUCUGAAAAGUGCAUUCUCUGUUACAGACUUCAGCCAACAUAUUCAUAUUCAGAACCAAAACAGCUGAAUCCCAAAGGAAAAAAAACAGCAUCAGGUGUUAAUAAUUUUUACAGGGGCGGCUGUAAUCUUCUACAUUGCAAGAAAAAUUUAAAAUAGAAGAUCUGAUUUCUUUAGUUAAUACUGUAUCUGGUCCUCCAGGAGAGUAUUACUCAGCUAGAUUAUUCUUCAUAGAUUUCCAUUAAGGGAAUAGUGAUAUGAAUUGUUCUUGGGCGAGGGAGGUAUGGGGAAGGAAGAGCUAUGUGUGAAAGGGCUUAAUACAAGUACAAGCUUUUAUAAAGUGUGAUUAUCAGUCCUUCUGUAAGUUAUGAGGAUAAAUGCACAGUAUAUUGUCAAUUUAUGCAAGCGAUAUUCCUGUUCCAUGGAGAAGGGCAUUUUGGCUGUUUAAACAGCCAGUUCUGGGACAAACAUAUUUGUCUGGAACAGUACAUCCACAUUUUAAACAUUCCAUCUUUUGCUAAGUUUGGCAUGGAUAUGUGUGUUCAUGCUGGUUAUUAUACACAUGUAUGUGUCGGGGUAAUACGUACUAUAUAUAUAAAAAAAGAUACACACUGUACAUAUGUAUUCAUUUUUUAAUGUGUUUUAGGGUACUUUGCACUGCACCAGAGAGAACUGUACAAUUUCUUGUUAUGUUUUUUUUACCAGUAAAUUUAGUUGUGUACUACUUGCAUACUCAUUAGCACCUGUUUAAUUUGUUGUCCAUUCCUGGAGUCAGAAGGUGACAAACAAUCAAUGGGUGGAUGGAUUCCUACAGGCGAGAUCCCUGUACUAUGCAAUACUCUUGGUUAUUCAUCACUUAACUCUGAGCCAUGUAUUCUGGUGUAUUUCUGCAGAUGCAUAUUUGGUUCUGAUGUUUUUGGCUUAGACUUCCUAUGAGGAAGUGUUACUAUGUAACUGUUUUGGGUAAAUUUGAUGCUGUUUAUAUAAGCUACAAGAAUGAGUGGCGGUAAUAAACUGGUUUUUUGUCACUGCCAGUUGUAAUGUACAUCAGGGACAAGAAAGUAUACUUUCUGUGUAGGAAACCGAAUGUACUGUAUGUAAUAGUGCAAGUAAUAAAACUAUUUGGUAGGGAAAGUGUAGUCCUAAAAUGGUAGGUUUUAUUAUAUUUCUUAUUGCCUUUUUAUAUGAAAGCGUAUAGUAAAAAUGUAUUUUUUACAAAUUUCUUGUUCAGAAAUGCCUUGCUUUACCAAUAGUCUGAGGUUCCUCAGGUUUCAGCAGAGAUGCUGCUGCCAAAUGAUACAUUUUGUGACUCACAAGUUUUCAAACAUUUUGCUAGUUUGAGUGACUGCGAUGCAAUUUUAAUUUAGCAGGUCAUUUGGGCUUUGAGGAUUGUUUUUAUUACUCCAUCAUUAGACAUUUGACACUAAAGGUUAUCUGUAUUGAUUUGUUUUGCAUAUCUUUUGUGGUGCAUGUAUGCUUAGAUGAAUAAUACAAACACGAUCUUUAUAGUAAGAAAAGGUCAGAGCACUGACUGGAGAAACAGUGUGUUUUUUCUUUGUGUAGAGUGUUGGUCUAACAGUAUGAAAGUUACAGCUUACAUAAUGGGGAAAACAUCAUUCUUUGGGUAUUCAGUAUAUUGUUUAUACUUCCAUGCUUUAUUAUGCUGAAUUUCAGGAUAUUUCAGUGUAAAAAGAAGGACCACUUCUACAAUUUACAUGAAAGUAAUUGACUGAAAAUAGUUUUUAUUUUUUACAUUCUCAUGUAAUUGGCAUAAGAAAAGCAAAGAUGUUUAUAUUUUCUCUUUGGCAUUUAUGGAAUGAGCUUUUUGUACGUGGCACUGUUAAGGGAAGAAAUACUUGUUCAAGGCUUUGUGUGCACCUGUGUGCAUCAGGUUUACUGUGAUGUUGCAGUACCAGAAUUUCAUCCUGUGCUAUAGUAUGAGAUUCAAGCCUGCAAACUGUUGUAGCAGAAUAUAUUUUUAAUUCUUUAUUUUCAAUGGGAUGUUCUUAUCUAUCAACAAAAAUAAAAUAGUUUGUUCAUUGUUGUAACUGUC